AUGACAGUACUGCGACGACUCUUGCUCCGCACCUAUCAGUCGCUGAUGAACUCUUCAAUUUUAUCUACCUCGUCUCUUUACGGCUGUCAAAGUGCACGGACACAUCUGCGGGCCUCGGCGCUAAGAGGGAAUGCCGAUCCUUCCCCCAAAGUCGACGAGCAUCAACGCCGAGCAAAGCCUGGCCAUCUCGAGUGCGCCGACGCCUGAACGGUUGGACCCCGCACAUAAAAUGGCUGAAAGGACGUUCUCACCGAUCCCCGAAAACGAUGCGAGCAUUUCCAAUGUACGAAGAGACUCGCGUGAUGGGCCGCCAGCCAGUCCAGUCAGCCCGGCGCGCAGCUCGGAUCCCAAUCGUCGAUACUCGGUUACUGGGAACGAGCGAGUAUUCCCAAUGCGCAACGUCGGUGAGCAUAUUCCUAUGAACCAAGAGGACUCGGAUUUCUGCUGAAGUCAAGCCCGUUCGCAGUCCACCCUCGCCCGCUGCUAGAUCGACGGAAGACGUCGAUCAAACCGGACACCGCGGCCGUCACGACGAAUCACGGCCCAGUCCUGAGGUCACCGCCUUUGACGAACAGAUCACCUCACCCCAUGGAAACCCCCAUGAGCUCGCGCUUUGACGACACCCGAAAAGAAUAUUUCCCGGCGAUGACUCACACCCCGCGAGGCAGCACCAGUUCAGGACCCAGCACAGGCCCAACCACGGAGGCAGAUGCAUGUUCCCCAGGAGACGCGAAAGUCGUCGGCUCUGUGGGUCUUCCGAUUGCUUUAGAGCAGGAAAAAAUUGUUGAGGAUGAAGCACGAUCGGUCGACAAGCUCAUCACGCCGGCAGGCGUCGAAAUGUGGUUCGCGAGUGUGCGUUCGCCCCGCGACGAGGGUGGCGAAGUGGUGUCCUCCCCCCAAUCACCUCUGCCGCAACCGAUAUUCUACCAAACGGUCCAAGCGUUUGGCGUCCUGUUCGCCCUCGAGGAGGACACGCACGGCAACUUUAAAGUGAUGCAGGUCUCCGAGAAUUCGGAGAAGCUUCUUGGUGUCAAGGCCGAAACAUGGCUGUCAAUCCCAAACUUCACCGCCCUGCUCGAACAAAGCUCGCUCGACACUUUUCUCGACGCGGUCGACGCGCUCGAUGAUGGUUUGGCGUUGGAUGUAGACCUGUCUCGAGGAGUUUCAGGUGUUCCCGGCGGCCAGCUAGCUGCGGCUGCAGCUGUAGCAAACAAUUUUUCGAUCUCGACGCCCGAGCCCCCCGAGGCUCAACGCCGGUCUGUAGGAACACCUGUGCAAGCCUUACCGCCUGAACAGUUCCGACUCACACUGCUACCAUCGAAGGGCGAGGCUGUAGAAGGCUCGCGGUCAAAAGCUGGACGCUGCCUGCAUUGCGCCAUGCAUCGCCCCGAUCCCGUGCGACAAAUGCGGCGGUUCCUUCUCGAGGUCGAGUUGGUCAACGAUGUGGUACAUCCCCUUGCUACCAAGUGGGACCCGCCCGCACCGUAUCCCGACAGCAUACUUGAUGACGCCGGACCAGUUCCGGAGGGCUCGAAUGGUCCAUCACGAGACCCCACCGUCGAUCAAAUUCUUGAAAGCACGGUUUCUUUGAUGAAGCCACUACGAGCACUGGGAAAACGGCGAGCUGGUAACAGCAGCGAGAUCAACAUGGUUCAAUUGGUCUUUCAGAUCGAGGAGCAGCUCAGGCGGGCGAAAGACCUGGAAACGUUCCUUUCGGUGAGCACCGGCAGAAGAAUCAGCCGUCUAUGUAUGUGACUAAGUUUGCUGUCUAAAUCUCAUGGAUCGCCUGUGCAGGUUACUGUCGGCAUCUUCAAGGAGCUUACCCAGUUUGACAGAGCUCUCAUCCUACAAUUCGACGACGACUUGAAUGCACUCGUUGUCGGAGAGCAUGUGGACCGUACUAGAGGCCCGCACUCGGCGACGCUCUACCGCGAUCUGACUUUCCCGGUCGAGCAAUUGCCUUGCGAAUCACUCGAGCAGGGGCGCAUCGGCAUCAUGUACGAUCGGACCGAACCGCUUGCUCGCAUGCUCGCUAGAACACAAGAAGAAGCGCGGGUUUCUCUGGAUCUGUCCAAAUGCUCGAUCCGACCCGUCGACCCGUCGCGGUUCCAAGUGCUUGCCUCGCUCGGAUGUCAAGCAUCGAUGAGUGUGCCAUUGUAUGCGUUCGGAAAGAUCUGGGGCUUCGUGGCGGUACAUUCGUACGCGCCGACGGGCCAGCGGGUUUCUGUCGCCAUUCGCCAGCUUUGCGCCUACCUCGGCGAUUCGCUUUCCCGGACGAUCGAGCGCCUCUCGUACGAACGACGGCUUCAAGCGCGCAAGAUCAUCAACACCAGCGCGAAUAGCGAGAUGCCCACGCGAUUCAUCGCGAACGGCGGAGACCUGCUUGACCUCUUCUCGGCCGACUUUGGAUGCCUGAGCGUGGGGGAGGAGGCCAAGAUCCUUGGAGAUGUCGGGAACUCACAAGAGCUCUUUGCUGUACUGGAGUACUUGCGCGAUCGACAGUUCCGGACGACGCAAGCCAGCAACGAGGUUAUGCUCGAUUUCCCGGAUCUCAAGUGCGCGGAUCCUGAAGGCUUGAAGCAGAUCGCCGGUAUCCUCGUCAUUCCGUUAUCCGAGUCUGGAGCAGACUUUAUCUUUUUUGCGCGCCGCAGCACCGCGCAAACCAUCAGUUGGGUGGGAGGGAAUCCUGCGGAUUCGCCGCGUCCCACUACGCCGGGGGGCCACCUACAGUUCGAGGUCUACCGACAAACCUUCACCCGUCGCUCAAAGUACUGGAGUGAUGAGUCCAUCGACACCGCCGGCGUGUUGGGACUGAUCUAUUCCAAGUUCAUCUCAGUUUGGAGGUGUGUGGAAGAUGCUCGCUCUUCUUCUCGCGAAGCCUUUGUCAUUGAUCAAUACAACGCUUUACAAUACACAGGGAGAAGGAGCAGGCGAUGCAAGCCAACUCGAUCACAUCGCUCUUGCUUGCGAAUGCCUCUCACGAGGUCCGCACCCCCCUCAAUGCGAUCCUCAACUUCCUCGAGCUCGCCCUCGACGCCUCGACCGAUGGCGCUGUCAACGAGAACCUUCAGCGAACACACGAUGCCUCGAAGAGUUUGAUCCACGUUAUCAACGAUCUCUUGGACUUGACGCGCUUCGAGUCUGGCGCGGGCGAGCUUUUCGUCCACGCGCCAUUCAACUUGCGCACGACGAUCGAGGAUGCGAUCAGCUUGCAGAAGCUCGAAGCGAAACGGCGAGGCAUCAGUAUGGAAGUGUUCGAGAACCCUCAAGGGACGCCGACCCUUCUCAUCGGCGAUCGAGCUAAGAUCCGCCAAAUUCUCUCCACGACCGUUGCCAACGCGGUCAAGUACACCGAAUCGGGCUCAGUCACGAUCGAGUACGGGGAGAUGGUGGAUGAUCCCGAGGAAGUGACAAAGAUGGUUGAGGCGAGUAAGGACGAAACGAUAAGUCGAAGGGACUCGAUCCGCGUUGGCAUCUCGGUCACCGACACCGGGCGUGGGAUGCCUGAAGAGCAACUCAACGCACUCUUCUCGGAAUUGCACCACGUCAAGCAAGAGACCUCACAACCGACCGGGAUUGGGCUCGGCCUCGCCGUCGCGGCGCGAAUUGUGCAGCAGCUCGAUGGGCAAUUGCGAGUGGAGUCCGAGCUCGGCCAAGGAAGCAAGUUCACCUUCAUUUUUCCCUUCCGUCUCCCUGAUGACCAAGAUCUGGAUUCGGACGGUAGCUCUUCUUUACCCGGAGACACAUCGCAACCUGCUGCGCGCCCGCUCAUCCGACGCACCAGCUCCGGAUCGAGAGGCAGUCGCGAGAGCGUCCGUUCCCGCGACAGCCGAAAGUCGGAGAUCGACAGCUUGAUCAAUGCCAUCUCGCAAUCACAUCUUGAGAAGCCCCACAGGAGGACAUUGGACGCUACCCUUGGCGGGGCCAAGAACCACGUUCUCCACGCGCUCGGAGGCAGGACCUUGUCAAGAUCGGUGUCGCACGCUUCCUUCGAUGCCUCUCUGAGACGCUCGCCUAAUGCGCCCAGUAAUCACCUUCCCCGGCUUGCGUCAUCCCUGAGUCUCUCACCACCCAACGCCUCUCCUGCACUCGCGUCACAUAUACUCGUAGGGGAGGGGUCUACUCGGCGGGCCUCGGGCAUGCCUUCGCUCUCGCCGCCUCCCCUUGCGCUGGCCGGCGCGACUGACCCCAAUGCGCAAAAUGAAUCGGGUCUGAACAUCUUGGUCGUUGAAGUGAGUGCCCCAUGACUGGACUGCAUAGUGCGGGGACUGCUUCAUCUGACAGAGCGUGUUUGGCCGGGCAGGACGAAUACAUCAAUCGAACGCUGCUCGAGCGCCGACUCGUCAAGGACGGUCACCGGGUUAUGGUGGUGGAGCAUGGGGGUUUGACCCUUGACGCUCUCAGGGACAAUGCCCAUUUUGAUCUCAUUCUGAUGGACCUCAAGUGAGUUGCUACUCAGGAAGGACUGCCGACUGUCGCCAUACUCGAAUUCAUCAAGACUGGAUAUUUUUUUCUACAGCAUGCCGAUUAUGGAUGGCUACGACGCCUCUUCGGCCAUUCGUCGUGAGGAGCUCUUGUCCAACUCCCUCUCGUCAGGAUCCGCAGUUCCUCCUCCGCAGUCGCACAUUCUCAACCGAGGUAUCCCCAUACUUGCCGUGUCCGCGAACAUCGAGGAGCGAGCCCGAGCAAGACUGGUCGAACACGGGAUCGAUGGAUGGUGCCUCAAGCCGGUGAGGUUCUUACGACUGGCCGAGUUGAUCAAGGGUGCAACAGAUGUGGCUCAGAGGAAGUGCGAUCUGUACAAGUGAGUUUGUGACCCCGAAAUACGAGUAAUCGUACGCAGUGAACUGAUGUUCCGUUCAAUUUGUGUUUCCGUAGGCCGGGAGAAUGGGAGAAGGGAGGUUGGUUACACAUGCAUCGCGGGCGCCAGUCAAAGAAGAACAGCCACGAUGGCACCUCAUGA